AUGGCGUAUCCUCAGCGAGCGCCGCCGCAACGGCCUCCUCCUACCAGACAAUACGACAAUCCGUAUCCUCAGGCUGCGGGCUGGCAGGGUCCGCCGCAGAACGGCUAUGAUCAAGGAUACCAGGAUUAUGGGUACGAUAACUACGAUGGCUAUGGCGACGCUGGAUACAGAGGCCAGCAGGCGUAUCCCCCGCGAUCGCAGUCGCGACCACAGCGCGGUGGUUACGGUGGACCGCCACACCAACCUGGAUAUGACGGUCGAGGCAAUCCGGACAGAAGACGACCUCCGCCAGGCGGGCCAGGAGGCAGGCCGAUGAAUCGACCUCCUCCGCAGGGGCGAAUGAGACCACCACAAGGAGGACCGCCGCAGAAUGGAUCCUGGGACAUGCGCAAGGGUCCGCCGGAUACUGGUAUUGAGAGGCAGAUGGCAGGCAUGGAUUUGAAGGAUAGAUCGCCGCCUGUGCGCGCCCCGGAGCGACCGCAUACCUCUCACUCGAUCCGCUCCGACUCCUCGAGACAACAAAGUGCUCACUCGUCUCCAAGAGAAUAUAGAAAUGGGAGGGACCCGUACGGAUCGCGUGGACCACCACCUGCUGGAUAUGGCCCACCUCGAGGCAGACCUGAGCGGCCGUACAUUGAUCCCAAUGUCCCGCCGGUGAUGCCGCAAGCAACGAGAAGCGCGACUAUGCCCAUCAACUCUCCGACGCAGUCAGGGCCACCGCGACAACCACUGUACCCUGGACAGUCUACGUACCAGGAACACACGCCCGCAUCUGCGACUUCCUACAAUGCAGAUCCUUACAGCCAGCCCCCUCCUCCAAGACCGUCUACUACGACUGGAUAUAGGCCUGACGCGUCGACUAUUCCUCGGUCAGAUCCAGCAGGCUAUCUUGCGCAACCUGCGUCCACAGAUGACAAAGACGCCUCGGACGACGACUUCUUGGAUCAUUACUUUGACUCAGCAGAGGGCGAUGAACCCGAUAUGCCGAACUUUGAUGCUAUGCCGGACAAUCCUCAGAGUCACCAGGAGCAUUUUAUACCAGGGGUAGAAGACCGGAAGCCCCCGGCGCCAGCCGCUGCUCAGUCGGGAGGCCAAUACGCUGCGUACAACCCAGGGUUCUCGGCACAAGCUCACAAAGCUCAGUCGCAGCCCGACCUCCGAACCAACCAUCACGACGAGCUUGCAAAUGCAGGGUUUCAGUUCGACCUUCCUAAUGAUCAGAAUACCUACGGAGAUUCGAUGAACAGUCAAUAUCCCCCAGGAAACCAGGGGCCACCUAUGCCGAUGUAUACUGAGAGUUACGGGGGUUAUGCGCCUCCACAACAAUAUGGUGGGUCUAUGCAAGACAAUGGCCCUCCACGACCAUAUAGGUCAAAUCAGCCCAGUAUGGAAUCACAGGAGUUUCAGGGCGUGGAUCCGCAAAACCCAGACUCCCUGCCUGCUCAUCCGACACCUUUCAGACCUGGGCUUGAUCAAGGCCCCAAACCCGCUCCAGUGCGACAGUACGGUGGCCCUCCUGCUGGCGCACCCGGGCCUAGUCAGAUCCCGCAACAAACUGUGGCUGGAGAAGAACCGGAUUCGGGGCCAGUCACUCAGCAAGAGCUUGACCGUCUGCAGCUAAUGGUGCGCAGCCGUCCGGAGGACCGGAAGCUACAGUUGACGUUAGCAAAGAAGAUGGUUGAAGCUUCAACGGUCCUUGUUAACGGAGACGGAAUGCUUGAUGCCAAAACGAAGAGCAAGACACGCGAAAAGUAUAUCAUGGAUGCCUAUAAAAUGGUAAAGAAGCUCGUACAUGCCGGAUAUCCAGAAGCCAUGUUUUAUCUGGCAGACUGCUAUGGUCAAGGCCAGCUGGGUCUGGAAGUUGACACGAAGGAAGCUUUCCAUUUGUAUCAAUCUGCUGCGAAACAGGGACAUGCGGAAUCCGCUUACCGUGUGGCUGUGUGUUGCGAACUGGGGCAGGAAGAAGGCGGCGGAACCAAACGCGACCCGUUCAAGGCGGUUCAGUGGUACAAGCGUGCUGCAGCCCUGGGAAAUACGCCUGCCAUGUAUAAGAUGGGAAUGAUUCUGCUGAAGGGUCUCCUGGGACAGCAGAAGAGCCCGCGAGAAGCUAUCUCAUGGUUGAAGCGUGCUGCGGAACGUGCAGACGAGGAGAAUCCCCACGCUCUCCAUGAGCUCGGUCUGUUAUAUGAGAGCGCUAGUGGCAACGAUAUCGUUAUCCGGGACGAAGAAUACUCCAGACAGCUCUUCCACCAGGCUGCAGAGCUUGGGUACAAAUUCUCUCAGUUCCGACUCGGAUCUGCAUACGAGUAUGGUCUCAUGGGUUGCCCUGUGGAUGCGCGUCAAAGUAUCAUUUGGUACACUCGCGCGGCUGCACAGGGUGAACACCAGAGUGAACUUGCCCUCAGUGGUUGGUACCUGACCGGAGCUGAAGGCAUUCUGCAGCAGAGCGACACUGAAGCCUAUCUAUGGGCGAGGAAAGCAGCUUCUGCUGGUCUCGCGAAGGCUGAGUAUGCCAUGGGUUACUUUACGGAGGUUGGUAUCGGCGUCGCCUCCAACCUUGACGACGCCAAGAGAUGGUAUUGGCGGGCAGCUUCUCAGAACUUUGACAAAGCUCGUGAACGCCUCGAGGAUCUAAAAAAGGGCGGUGGCAGGAUGCAAAAGACACGAGUCUCGCGCUCCAACGUCACCAAACAGAACGAAGGCGAUUGCAUCGUCAUGUAA